CUUUCAUUGACAUUGUUUCUUUCUCUCAUACAUUUCCAGGAUUUUGAUAUUGCUGGCACAUACGAUCUAAUGAUACCAGAAGCUGAAUUGCUGAGGAUUGUUCAUGAAAUUUUCAGUGCAUUAGAUGUCGGCUCGUUUGAAAUUAAGGUAAAUCAUAGGCAGUUACUGGAUGGUAUGCUAGCGGUGUGCGGUAUUCCUAAAAAAGAUUUUAAAACGGUCUGUUCAUCGAUUGACAAAUUAGACAAAGUUCCGUGGGAGGAUAUUCGAAAUGAGUUGUGCAGUGAAAAAUGCGUUCAACCGGAAAUGGUCGACAAGUUGGCCACCUUUAUUCGUCUGCGAGGUUCAUUUAGUUUAUCGGUGACAUUCCUAUUGCGCCGAUUCAUUCACCGUUACACCAGCUUUUAA